GCGACUGUGCCAAGAUGGCGGAUUCGGUGGCGGCCGGACUUGAGGAGGAGAAAGAGACGGAAAAUAAGGACAGGGAGAAAGAGAAAGUGGCGGGGAGUCGGGUGCUGAAGUCGGAUAAAAAUAGCAGCACUUCGGAGCUGACCGAAACUCUGGGGUUUUACGAAAGAAACGCCGGCAAAAAGGACAAACAGAGGAGUGUGUCAGAUCUUUCGCUGGUUCGGUUUAUCAGCGCUGAACUGACAAGGGGAUACUUUCUGGAACACAAUGAAGCAAAGUAUACAGAAAGACGAGAGCGGGUGUAUACUUGUCUGCGGAUACCAAGGGAACUGGAGAAGCUGAUGUUCUUUGGGUUCUUCCUGUGCCUGGAUGCCUUCCUGUACGUCUUCACACUGCUCCCCCUGCGGGUACUGUUGGCACUUAUCAGGCUCCUCACAUUGCCCUGCUGCGGGCUCAGGGCAAAUAUAUGCCCAUUCUGCAAAAAAAGCAGCGGCUCCCGUCUCCUGCAGCCUGCCCAAGUGUGUGACAUUUUGAAAGGCUUCAUAAUGAUCAUCUGCUACUCCAUGAUGCACUACGUGGACUACUCCAUGAUGUACCAUCUAAUCCGGGGCCAGUCGGUCAUCAAGCUCUAUAUCAUCUACAACAUGCUGGAGGUGGCAGAUCGACUGUUCUCAUCUUUUGGGCAAGACAUCCUGGAUGCUCUGUACUGGACAGCCACCGAACCUAAGGAAAAAAAGAGAGCCCAUAUAGGAGUGAUACCCCAUUUUUUCAUGGCUGUACUUUAUGUCUUUCUUCAUGCCAUUCUCAUCAUGGUCCAAGCAACAACGCUCAAUGUGGCCUUUAACUCCCACAACAAGUCACUGCUUACCAUCAUGAUGUCCAACAAUUUUGUGGAAAUAAAAGGAAGUGUUUUCAAGAAGUUUGAGAAGAACAAUCUGUUUCAGAUGUCUAACAGUGACAUCAAAGAACGAUUUACAAACUAUGUACUUCUGCUCAUAGUUUGUCUCCGAAACAUGGAGCAGUUCUCUUGGAACCCAGAUCACCUGUGGGUCUUAUUCCCUGAUGUCUGCAUGGUGAUCGCCUCGGAGAUUGCUGUCGACGUUGUGAAACACGCCUUCAUUACGAAGUUUAACGAUAUCACAGCAGAUGUAUAUAGCGAAUACAGAGCUAGCCUUGCUUUCGACCUUGUCAGUAGUCGACAGAAGAAUGCAUAUACAGACUACAGUGAUUCAGUGUCCAGAAGAAUGGGUUUUAUCCCGCUUCCUUUGGCACUACUGCUAAUCCGUGUGGUGACGAGCUCGGUAAAAGUCCAAGGCUCCCUCUCUUGUGUCUGUGUGCUCCUCUUCUACCUGGGGAUGACAACACUCAAAGUGCUCAACAGCAUCGUGCUUCUGGGUAGAUCCUGCCUGUAUGUCAAAGAGGCCAACAUGGAGGAGAAGCUCUUCCAAAGCCCGCCAACGGCAACCCCUGGGAGAGCCUCCAGCAAGUCCAACAGAAGCCGUUUCACAGCACCCUCUGGUGAUGCUGCAGACGAAGCCUCGUCGACCUCCAUCACAAGUCAGCCAGUCCAUCGGGUGGAGAACCCUGCACCCACACUCCCCACAAGCAACUCUGACCAGUUCCUGACAACACCUGAUGAGACAGAGGAGAAGGACAUAACCCAGGAUGGGUCGGAGCUCAAGCACAGGGCCCCCAAGAAAGACCUACUGGAGAUAGAUCGCUUCACAAUAUGUGGGAACCGCAUUGACUGACCUUCCCUGCUCUCUCCUGCUUGAAACUGCUUAGGAGUCACGGCAUGGCGUGCCACACACUGCCAAGGACGUUCCUUGCCAAAGAGAGGGCGGCAAUAGAGUAUUUAUUGAGAUACGCAUAAUUUAUUGUUGACUGAACAAAUUACACAUAGCUUUCUUUCUAACCCCACACACCCAUCCACACGCCUCCUGCCCUAACUGGGUCUCCACUGGGAGAGUGUGGUGCAAAAGGGGUUCCCCUAUGGUUGCCAGAAGGAGCAGCUUGGUGGCCGUGUGAACACGCCAAGCAAGCUGGCCCGCUGGCAGGAGAGAAAGCCAGGCUGCAGCCUUCCCAGCAGCCUCUCUGCAGGGUCUUCAGUUUGGAGUGUGUGCCUGUAACAGUGCAGAAAUGGCCUUGCAGCCCCUAUCUACCAGCCAGCGCACCAGUCGGAGAAAGAAAGGAUAAUUCAAA